AUGGAUCCCCUCCGACCGAGUGACUCGGCCGCAAAUCGCGGCCCGAGAGGCAACACUCGAAAGCGCGAAAGAGAGGAGGAUAUGUCUUCACCAGCGCCGUUGCCUCCUUCCAGUCCGAUGGCCCUAGCCUCAUCCCCGCCUGCGCUGCCAUUUGACGAUGAUGAAGAUGAUGAUGAAGAGGCCGAGCUUGUUCCUGAUAUUGACGACGUGGAUGAAUUGGCCGAGGAUGAGGACGGGAUUGAUCUGUUCGGCGAUAACUUCGAGCGGGACUACCACGAUGCCGCACAGGAUCAGUACCAGAACGAGGCCUACAUUGACGAUGACGGAGACCAUGAUGAACUCGAUGCUGCCGCUCGUCGGCAACUUGAUGCUCGUCUGAACAAGAGAGAUCGGGAACUUCAGCGCCGGCGCCGUAUGCCCGCUGCUUUCCUGCAAGAUGAAGAUGAUGUGGAGAUGGAUCUGUCUCGCCAACCUCGCCGCCGCCGCCAUCACUACGACGAAGACCGUGAGGACAUCGACAUGGCAGAUGAGGGUAUGGAAGAAUUGUCUCUCGAGGAAUUGGCAGAUGUCAAGGCUGCCAACAUCACCGAUUGGGUCACUCAGCCUCAGGUUCUCCGCUCCAUUUAUCGGGAAUUCAAGGCUUUCCUCACCGAGUUCAUCGACCCCAGUGGUCAGUCUGUAUACGGAAACCGUAUUAAGACCCUUGGUGAGGUUAACUCCGCCUCACUGGAGGUAUCUUACGCCCAUUUGAGCGAGACCAAAGCUGCUCUUUCUUACUUCCUCGCCAACGAGCCAACCGAAGUUCUGAAGGUCUUCGAUCAAGUCGCCCUCGAUGUGACCCUCUUCCAUUACCCACAGUACCACGACAUUCACAACGAGAUCCACGUGCGCAUCACAGAUGUGCCUAUCAUCUACACCCUCCGGCAGCUGCGUCAGUCUCACUUGAACUGUUUGGUUCGUGUCAGCGGUGUUGUCACUCGUCGCACCGGUGUCUUCCCGCAAUUGAAGUAUGUGAUGUUCCUCUGCCAAAAGUGUGGCAUCACUUUGGGUCCCUUCCAGCAAGAGGCCAGCCAGGAGGUGAAGAUUUCGUUUUGCCAGAACUGCCAGUCCCGUGGUCCCUUCACCGUCAAUUCGGAGAAGACUGUCUACCGCAACUACCAGAAGUUGACUCUGCAGGAGUCUCCUGGGUCCGUUCCCGCUGGUCGUCUGCCUCGUCAGCGUGAGGUCGUCCUUCUGGCCGAUCUCAUUGAUCUGGCGAAGCCGGGUGAUGAGAUCGAAAUCACUGGCAUUUAUCGCAACAGCUAUGACGCGCAGCUGAACAACAAGAACGGAUUCCCCGUUUUCGCUACUAUCAUCGAGGCCAAUCAUGUCGUGAAGUCUCACGACCAGCUUGCUGGCUUCAACUUGACUGAAGAGGAUGAGCGCGAGAUUCGGGCUCUCUCUCGUGAGCCUGAUAUUGUGGAUAGAAUUGUCCGCUCCAUGGCACCCAGUAUUUAUGGCCACUACGACGUCAAGACUGCCGUCGCGCUUUCGCUCUUCGGUGGUGUUAGCAAGCAGGCGCAAGGCAAGAUGUCGAUUCGUGGUGAUAUUAACGUUCUUCUUCUUGGUGACCCUGGUACUGCCAAGUCGCAGGUUCUCAAAUACGUUGAGAAGACUGCUCACCGUGCCGUCUUCGCCACCGGUCAGGGUGCCAGUGCCGUCGGUUUGACGGCCAGUGUUCGCCGUGAUCCCCUGACCAGCGAAUGGACCCUGGAAGGUGGUGCGCUGGUGUUGGCCGAUCGUGGUACCUGUCUUAUUGAUGAAUUCGACAAAAUGAACGACCAGGACCGCACAUCCAUUCACGAAGCCAUGGAACAACAAACCAUUUCUAUCUCCAAGGCUGGUAUCGUAACAACCCUGCAAGCUCGCUGUGCUGUCGUCGCUGCUGCCAAUCCGACAGGUGGUCGCUACAACAGUACCAAACCCUUCUCCGAGAACGUCGAACUGACCGAGCCUAUUUUGUCUCGAUUCGACAUUCUCUGCGUGGUGCGUGAUCUGGUCGAGCCCACCGAGGAUGAGCGUCUGGCCAACUUCGUGAUCGAGUCUCACCACCGUGCCAACCCGCUCCGUCCUCUGCGAAAUGAGAAUGGUGAUAUGGUCGACAACGACGGUCAGCUCAUUGAUGCAGAAGGUUACCGUAUCGACAGGGAGGGUCGUCGUAUGCCCCCCUCUCAGGAGGAAAUCUCCCGACGUGCGGCAGAGCAGAAGCAGGCCGAGGAAGAGAAGGAGGGUGAGAUCCCUCAGGAGCUGCUACGGAAGUACAUUCUCUACGCCCGCGAGCACUGCCACCCGAAGCUGUACCAGAUCGACCAGGACAAGGUCGCCCGUCUUUUUGCAGACAUGCGCCGCGAGUCGCUGGCCACUGGCGCCUAUCCCAUCACGGUUCGUCACUUGGAAGCCAUUAUGCGUAUUGCGGAAUCUUUCUGCAAGAUGCGUCUGUCCGAGUACUGCUCUGCCCAGGACAUUGACCGCGCGAUCGCCGUGACUGUGGAGUCCUUCAUUGGCAGCCAAAAGGUCAGCGCCAAGAAGGCGCUUUCCCGUGCAUUUGCCAAGUACACACUCUCCAGGCCUAAGCCGCAGUCCAAGCGCCGUGCUGGCGUUGCCCAACCCAACCUGCGAGUGCCCCGAAAUGUAUCUGCGGCGCGGUAA